CCCAGGGAAAUGCACGUGGUGGUGGUGGCAGCAGACGUGAUUUUGCUCUUAAGCAUGGGGUGGACCUCAGACUCUCUCUGCUCACCCACUGUGUUUUACAGAGACUGCUGGAUCCGACGCUUCCCGGGUCUCCUAAUUGAUCUGGAGGAGUCUCAGAAGCUGGGGGCCCAGUUCUUGAAGUAUUACACCGAGAGCACUGGUCAGAAGUGCAGUCAGAGCUGCUGUCUUAGGAAGGAUGUUUCCUGUAACUUGGCUGUCUUCUUCCACGAGCCUAUUCAUGGCGAUGUCAACUGCCUCCAUAUUCACUGCCCAACCCUGGAGAGCUGCGUAUUGGAGCCCGGAACCAGCGCCAUUUUGUACAACAUAACAGAUGGUAUAGAUCCAGAUUUGCUGGUUUUUGAACAAUCACUGCCCACAUAUCUAAAUACCCGUUCUUCAUCUAACAUACAGGAGAGACUAAGGAUUCUAAAAGCUAUGUAUUUAGAUGAACAACAAACGACCAUGAUGAACCAAAUGCUACCAUCAGUAGAGGCCCCAUCAUCAACCGCAUAUCAAGAUUUGUUUGCAACCACAAAUAAUACUAGGUAUUCCAAGGAAUUAACCACAGACUCUUGGGCCAGAUUCAUUUCUCUGAAUGACUCCAUUACCACAAACAUAAAUAUGGUGUCAGCCAGUACUGAGUUCAUCAACAAUCCAGAUAACAAGACUAUUUCUCCUUUCUUCGUGCCUAUAGACACAAAACUUUCUCAUAUGCCUGUUCCAUCCCAACUCAACAGUAGCAAACAAUCACUGAACAAAACCAAAGGGUACAACAGCAGAAACCGUACAUCUGAGAAUGAAGACACAACCCCUGAUGGGGCACCUGUGACUUCCAAGACGUGGUUGGUUCCUGUGGCCCUCUGCACCUCUGUCAUCUUUCUCUGCUGUUGUGUAGUCAGCCUGGCAUCUGGAUGCUGUCGAAAGCACCAGGGCCAGUAUAAACUAGGACAGAGAAAGUCAGGAUCCAAGCAAAUUAAAAAAUGUACCAUUCUGAAGGAGCGCUCUUAAUGGUAAAAGAGGUGUCAGCACUGUAAGCUUUUAAGAGUAUCAUUUUCAGUUUUCUGUAAGACGAGGGCAGUUUGGUUAAAAAUAAAUAAAUAAAAAGCACAGAUACCCAUUCUUACCGAUCUCUAAAGAAUGCCAAUGUUUGGUAAACAUAAUUGCUUUUUUGAUUAUUUCCAUUUUUUGAACAGUGUACCUUUUGCUGAAGUUCCAAAAUUCUGAUCUCUGCAGUUACUCAGCACCAUGUAAGAGAUAGUUUUAAGUGCUGUACAUGUAUUAACUUGUUGAUUCCUUGAACUCUGUGAGCUAAGUAUACUACUGUUAACUAUUAUACUGUUCUUAUCACAUAUUAGAGAUGAGGAAACUGAGGAAAGAGAGGCUAAGUAUCUUGCCUAAAGUCACACAGCUAGUAUGUAGCAAAGCCUGACUUAAUAGACAACAUGGUUC